UAAUUUAUCCAUCAUCUUUGGUACUAGUUUGCGCAAACCUUUGGCACACUCUACCGGUUUACAUCUAUUUAUUUUAAAUUAAACGAAUGUCAGUAGUUGACUAGUCGUUUAACAUUGGGCGACUGCCGAUUGAUCACAAUCUACAAAGUAUGUUUUAUGUAGUGUUACUGCUGUCCACGGAUAAUUCGUAACCACUCGGCUACAUAGUUUUAACUAGUUACCACAGCCAACAAAAUUGGCUAUAUCGUAAAAAUUCAUGAAAACAACAUUUGCAUUUUGGGUCUUCAAUCGAGGUUAGGGUUGGGUAUAAGGUUAGCAGUGUGUGUGUGUAUAUAUAAUAAAACAAGACGUGUUUUUUUCAGAUUUUUAGAGGAUAUAGUUGAGAAAUAGACGAGGUUUGACUGUGGCUGGAGUAACUAGUGAAAAUCCGGCUACAGACCACUUGCGGCAAGAGUUUCCUUCCUGACAAUCGCAGCUGUUUGUUGUGCGCAAGCUAGCUAGCGGUAGCUUGGUUGGGGCAAGAAACUAAGAUUGAAGAGGAAGCUAUUUUGCUCCUCGCCAAUCAACUGUUUUUUUUAAAACAACUGGUCAUAUGUAAUUCGUUUAGAUAAAUUCUUCCCGGUUAUCAAAUGAGAAAAGAAGCACAUCAAUUCCCUUGACUUUUUUUUGGAAGGCCUUUUUUUCCCUCUGCAAAGGAUGUCUAAACGAUUAAGGAAUAGUGAGGUUUGUGCGGAUUGCAGUGUCCCAGAGCCUCGCUGGGCCUCUGUGAACAGGGGCGUGCUGAUCUGCGACGAGUGCUGUGGUGUUCAUCGGAGUCUGGGCAGACACAGCUCCCAAGUCCGUCACCUGACUCACACACCAUGGGCUCCUACACAGCUACAAAUGGUUCAGACUUUAUACAACAAUGGUGCAAAUUCGAUAUGGGAGCACUGUCUACUGGACCCGAUGAUGAGUGGUAAACGCAAGGCCAACCCUCAGGACAAAGUGCACCCAAAUAAGACAGAGUUCAUAAAGGCCAAAUACCAAAUGCUGGCUUUUGUCCACCGGAUGCCUUGUCGAGAUGAUGACAGCUUCACAGCCAAGGACUUAAGCAAGCAACUUCACUCCAGCGUCCGCACUGGUAACUUGGAGACGUGUCUGAGGUUACUCUCUCUUGGAGCCCAGGCCAAUUUCUUUGACCCAGAAAAAGGGAAUACGCCGCUGCAUGUGGCUGCCAAGGCGGGGCAGGUGUCUCAAGCAGAGCUGCUGACCGUCUACGGGGCUGACCCCGGCGCCCCCGACUCCAACGCCAAGACCCCCAUCAACUAUGCAAGGCAAGCUGGCUACCAUGACCUGGCUGAUAGGCUGGUAGAGAUCCAGUAUGAACUUACUGACAGACUGGCUUUCUAUCUCUGUGGGAGAAAGCCUAAUCAUAAAAAUGGCCAACACUUCAUCGUCCCACAGAUGGCUGACAGGAACAUCAGUUUAGAUUUAUCAGAACUGGCAAAGGCGGCAAAGAAGAAACUCCAGUCUCUCAGUAAUCAUUUAUUUGAGGAGCUGGCGAUGGACGUGUUUGACGAAGUGGACCGGAGGGAGACCGAUGCUGUAUGGCUGGCGACACAGAACCACAGCACCCUGGUGACAGAGACCACAGUGGUGCCUUUCCUUCCUGUGAACCCAGAGUACUCAUCAACACGAAACCAGGGACGGCAAAAGCUUGCGAGAUUUAACGCACAUGAAUUUGCAACUCUUGUCAUCGACAUAUUAAGUGACUCGAAACGUCGACAGCUGGGGAACUCUAUGAUAAGUCCCAAAGAAAAAGUUGAACUUAUCCUAAAAAGCCGGAGUGGUGGCGAGGGUCUGGACAACGACCAACCGGACUACGACAGCGUGGCCUCUGACGAGGACACGGAUAAGGAGCCACCCUCGGGCAAGGACCGGACCAAGAGUCUGGACUCAGACCUGUCAGACGGGCCUGUCACGGUGCAGGAGUUCCUGGAGGUGAAGAACGCCCUGUCGGCCUCGGAGGCCAAGAUCCAGCAGCUGAUGAAGGUCAACAGCAACCUGAGCGACGAGCUGCGGCUGAUGCAGAAAAAGCUGCAUUCUCUGCAAAGCGAGAACACGUCUCUCAGGCGGCAGGGCCCAACCACCCAUAUCUAUCAGGUCCCCAUCAGCAGCGGGUCAGAGUACACUGACCCUUCUUCCUCCAGUCCCUCGGCCAUGAAGCGCCGGCAGUCGGCGCGGGCCAGCCGGCCCAUGUCCAUGUCUAUUUAUGAGACUGGCUCAGGUCUGAAGCCCUACCUCCCUAAGGGGGACACCCCCUACCUAGAGGAGGGUGCCCCCACCCUGCAACCCUUCUUCCCACCUCAUGCCUCCAAGCUGGACAAGCAGAGCAGCAUGCCAGACAGUGACUAUGACAACACAACCAAUGACUAUGAGAUGAAGGACUCUGGUAGACGUGGGAGGCUGAGGAGCAGUGGCUGGCUGGGGGAGAGCAGCUCCAUCCCUGAGCUGGAUGACCUGGGGGCAGAACCGGACCCAGCGCUCCCCAGCACUGAGGAUGUCAUCCGUAAGACGGAGCAGAUCACCAAGAACAUCCAGGAGCUGCUCCGUGCCGCGCAGGAGAAUAAGCACGACAGCUUUAUACCCUGCUCCGAAAGAAUAUAUGUGGCCGUAACCGAGAUGGCUGCUCUCUUUCCCAAGAGACCCCAUUCGGAGAUGGUGAGAGGCCCCCUGCGCCUAUUGACGUCUAGCUCCUUCCGGCUCCAGGGUGAGUGUCGGAAGGCAGCACCCCCCGAGGAAGGCCCAGGGCCUGACAUGCAGCUGGUCACCCAGCAGGUUAUCCAGUGUGCCUAUGACAUUGCCAAAGCUGCCAAGCAGCUUGUCACCAUCACCACCAAGGAGAACAGCAACUGACCAUCAUGACCACCGUCGCAGGGCUUUUAGAUCCCCUGUAACAUCUCUGUUUUGUUAAUGUAUUGUUCAUCCUUUAACUUCUGGUUAGAAAAAAAAACAUUGUGGUCGUUUUUUAAAUCAGUGUUGAUAUUUGCAUGUCAUUUAUUUAUUUACAAAAUGUACAAAAUGAGAGUAUAAAUAUUGGGACAAAAAGACUGAACAGCUAUGGGAAAUCAUCCGUAGCUCUACUAACUGGAAGGGAGAAGCUGUUUUUGUCGUGAGCUACAACAGGAAUCUACAGUACAGCCAAAUACUGACAAGAUGAUUGGGCGUUCCCAGGAGAUCCUUUGUCGCUAAUAUGCAGUUUCCUAACCGCACUUCUUAGUUUUGUGGUUCUACAUACUUCCAGACACAGUAUUUCUCACACCAAUGAAGCCAUAUUUUUGGUAUUUUUUUUAGCUCCCCAACACCUAUACCCCUCCUUAGAAUGGCCUUUCAUCCACUUUAAUGCUCCUUGUCGGAACCAGGGGUCUCAAACUGGCAGCCCCCAGGCCAAAUGCGUCCUGUAAGCAGAUUUAAUGCGAUCCAGCAUAGUAUUCCACAUGGUUAAGGAUGUUGUGAAAGCUAUGAAUAAGCCAUAAGUGUAUAAACUUUACACACCUUGGAGCUACAUAAAUAACUAUGGAAUUCUAAUGUACCAUUUAAUACAAUUCCAGCAAGCGUAGGGAGGAAUGUUGGGAGAUUUGGAUUUGAUGAACCAUCACUCAUCUGUGCACAUUUUUGUAUCCCUGCAAUGUCCAUGUCUCCCCCAUCCAAGUGUAAUUGCUUUCAUUUCAAAAUGCAUCUACUAGAACCAUCUAUGCCUAUUAUUGCAUUUCAACGCUUGUUCAGGGGGGCAAAUUAUGCUCUUCACCAGCAAUAUGUUGUACUUGUAUUGAGUUCUAGUGAAUGUUUUAUUUAUAAGCUAAGAUGCUAGACACAGUCUUGUGCUAGAACAGUGUUAGUGCUGUGACAGUGGAUAGAUUUGCAGCGCAAAUAAUCAUUUGCCCUCUUCCAUGUGUUUUUGUGCUCCGUUCUGUAAUGCUGCUAGCUUUGACACGUGCAACUAAUUGGAUAGGAUUGUAGAUAUCUCCACUACAAUUCUGCAAGUGCAUGGUUGCCGUCAGCAGAUGGUUCAGAGCUGUGUUGUACUUGAAAUGUAAUCAAGGAAAUGUCCCUCUGUGCUUGACUCUUGUUCUGAAUGGACUUCAAACAGGUGUCAGUUGUGCGGUAAUCAUAGCUACAGUGGGAGGGGAAGCCUUAUUUUUUUAAAUAAACUUAAUUUAUAAUUGUAA